AGGUUGUUACGAAGUUCUAAGCAGCGCAUUUCAGCGUGUAACUGACCGGGAGUUUAGGAGACUGAAAAUGGAAAUUUUAAACCUGGUGGGAUGCUACGGGUUCGAUAAAAUAUCGCCAAGGAUUUUAGUGCAGGCAACAAGUCUGGAACUGGCUAAACUUUUGGUUAUAAACUGCGGGGAUGAGAUGGCUGUUCAGGUAGCCACCACAGUAUUAGAUUGUAUCAACAGAAAAGACUUGUGCCAGUUCUUAUUGCAUUCACUUUUCACUGGAUGGGAUUGCUCUGAUUCUACCAAGAGGAAUUCUUUGGGCACAAACAAAGCUCAGCCGCUCUUUGAAGGUACCACAGCAUUAACAACAGAAUGGGAUUGCCCUGAUUCUACCAAGAGGAAGUCUUUGGACACAAAGAAAGCUAUUCCGCUUCUUCAAGGUCCCACGGCAUUAGCAACAGGACAGGGGAGAUUUAAAUGUACCAAGUGUCGGGUGACACUGGACAUGGUGAAGUGGACUUUGAUAGAACCUUUCACUUCUAUCAAGAAUGGAAACUGCACAUUCAGGACUGCUAUUCCAGGCGCGGGUCAGUACGAGUGCUCCAGGACCUGUAUCCGGUGGAAAACCCAGGGUCCAGUCACUGUGGAGUACAGGUACAGCUCCUGGACUAGAUACAGCCAGGAUCUGGAAAAGAAGAACUAUAUGAUAGCUGGGCCACUGAUGGACAUCACUGUGAUUUCAGGAGCCAUCGAAGAAAUUCACCUGCCUCAUUUCAUCUGUCUAGGCUCAGAAGACAUACUGGUGUCUAAUUUCAAGGUGCUCCAUGUGAAGGAAGAGUCUCUCAUUUCUAUGGAUGCUGUCUGUGGAGCAAACUCCUCCCAUGCCUGGCUGCAGAAGCCCAUCUUCUCUCUGAAAGGGAUCCUCUACCUGAUCCGCUCCUAUCUCUGCACCUCCAUCCACAUGCAGGUGCUGCUCUUCAGAGCCUUCUCUGCUGCUAAUCUCACUCUGCACGUCUACCUCGUUCCCAAUCACCAAGCUUUCAUCAAUGCUGUUGAAAUGCAAGAGAAGAGACAGGGAUCUCUCCGGAUUUACAAACCAGCCGAAACUGAAAAGUCUCUACACAUUCGGAAGAGCUAUUCCCUCAAAACAUUGUCAAAGGUGACAGUCAUACCACAGAAAAUCAAACUGCGUUACAUCAGCAGUGGGCAGAUCCCGCCCUUCUUUGAAGUGUACAGCCAGAAAAUCAACUCCACGCUUUCUCUUAUUUUACUGUCUGAUGAAGAAGAACUUUGGAGAACUGAGAUCCGACCAGGUGAUUAUCAGAGACUGUCUUUUGAAAAAUCUGAGCCUGAAGGCGCUUGUUUUCUUCAGCAACAUGAGUGCAGUGUGACUGAGAGACUCGGCAUGAUCCAACCAAUACUCAGACAGCUUCUGCAAAGAGGGGUGAUCAAUGAGGAGGAGCAGGAGAUGAUCCUGCAGAGAGGAACAAGGAUUGAGCAGAACAACACCUUGGUCUCUCUAGUAAAAAGGAAAGGCAGUCAGGCUGUGCAAGAGCUCUACAGAGUAUUGCAAGACUGUGAUCCAUACCUCAUUGAAGACUUGGAGAGCCAAGCUAGAUAAACAGAUAGACUUGUGCAAGGAACAGCUAACACUUGUUAACAAAGUUAAAUGAAUUCGGGGUUAAGCUAUUUAAAGGUUAUGUGUGUGAGAGGGUUUUAGACUUGGUAUACAUGUAUAAUAACUAACAACUACAAACACAAAUGGCACUUCAAAUGUAUUAUUUAUAGCCUAAAAUUGUCAAUUAUAUGUCAAUUACAUGUCAA